ACACUCCAGAUCAGUGGGUGGCGGUAAUGCACCCGUUUGCUGUUUGAACCGCUGUUAAACGAAACCAAAGAACAAGAAGAAAUAUCCAAAAGAAGACGACGGCACGGUCUAUACUUUAACCGCAGAAAAGGAACCAAUCGUCGCCUUUGCAAACAAUUCGUGCAGUCCAAUAUGACAGACCGCUACAACAUUCACAGCCAGCUGGAGCAUCUGCAGUCGAAGUACAUCGGGACUGGCCACGCCGACACCAGCAAGUGGGAAUGGUUGGUGAACCAACACCGGGACUCGUACUGUUCAUACAUGGGCCAUUUCGAUUUGCUGAACUACUUCUCCAUAGCCGAAAACGAAAGCAAAGCCCGUGUACGCUUUAACCUCAUGGAGAAGAUGCUUCAGCCCUGUGGCCCUCCAGCAGACAAGCCGGAUGAUGCAUAAUCUGAACUGUAGGAUUGGAGAGAGUAUUUUGUGAUUUAGUCAGUGCUAGUGGCCUUCCAAGGAUGGACACACAGGCCACUUUUUUUUUCUUCUUUUUUUUUUUUUUUUUUUACUUUAAUAAAUUCUCAGAGCCAUUCAUAGAACACACUAAUCAAAAUAUCACCAAUUCAAUUUUGAGUAUGGAAAAAACAAUUUUUGGAAAUUGAACCUUUGUACAGUGGUGAUUUUCUGUGACCUUUUGAAUUUUAGCAUCAUGGUGUUUUGAAGUUGGCUCCUGAAAGUGAAUGGAAGCGUUAAUAUAAUAAAAAUGCUGUGUUGAGCAUAGACAAA